CAUAAACAAAAGUUUUGCAGAAAAAUGUUUUUGAAGUUAAUUAAUCUCUGCUUUUUAUUAAAUAUGGUGAAUGGUAAAAGCACACAGAGAACUCAAAACAUUUUUGGAAAUGAAAUUUCUGAUGUAGAUAAAUAUCUAACUAUGGCGGAAAGUGAUGUGAUGAGUUUAAUAAGUGAUGAAAGUGAUUUAUCCAUUUUAACAGAAUCAGAGGAGUUUCCCGAACCUCCACCACAUACUGAAGUUUCAAGGAUGAGCAGAUACCUGUGCCAUCAUUCAGACUGGUUGUCAAUGGCGACCAUAUCUACUAGAGGACCUUUAACAGGAUAUCCUUUUGCAAGUGUUUUUAGCUUCAGUGAUGGGACUAAGCAUAAGUCCUCAGGAAUCCCGUAUUUCUACAUGACAGGGAUGGAUAUGUCCUCUAAGGAUUUGGAGAAGAACCCUAAAGCAUCUGUAACAAUGUCCCUUGCUCAGGGACCCUUCUGUAAAAAGCACGGAUUAGAUGCUGAGGAUCCCAGGUGUGCUCAUGUUGUUAUGGCUGGAGAAGUAGUUCAAGUCCAGCCAAACUCAACUGAAGAAAUAUUUGCCAAAGAGGCUUUGUUCUCACGACACCCUGAGAUGCCUGAGUGGCCUGUUGACCAUGGAUGGUAUUUUGCUAAACUCAACAUCUCUAGUAUCAUUCUUCUAGACUUCUUCGGAGGUGCCAUUGAUGUAGACAUAAACGAGUACUAUAAUACUCACCCAUAACUCAAUACAAGUUUUUCAUUGAUGAUAAGUACUAGCUAUUUUACUCAUCUAGUCUUCCAUUGAUCCAGAAGUGUUAGUUAGCUAUAACUCAAGACUGGUCUUCCAAAGUAAACUAAAGGUUGUUUACUUUUACCUGUUAGUGCCUCAAACUUGAAUCUCGACAUAUAUUUUUGUUUCUUCAGUGCUGGGAAUUGUUUUUGAAAAUCUUAAACAAUCACUAGCCCCGAGUAUAGAAAUCAAAUAGUAAAACUGACGUUUAAAUUAAUCAUUAUUACUAACAAACUUAUAUAUCAUCUUUCUAUUUAUUCUAACUAUAAAUUUAUUUUAAAAAGUUGACUUUUCCAGA